AAACAAGCGCGCAGAAACUUCGGUUUGAUUGCGUGGAUACGUUUUCUUUGUUUCUACCAUUGCUUCUGUUAUCGUUUAACUGUUUUCAACUUCAUGUGUAGUGCAUAUGUUGCUGCCUCAUACCAGUCUUUUGCAUUUUACGUAAAUCAAAUAGAACUCUGAAGGUCCCGUCAGGGUGUUCGUAUAUUUCUACAUGUUAUCGGUUUUUCACGUUUUGGAGUACUUCGCACGAAUCCUUUAUUCGGUAGAAACAUGGCUAGGGUUAGUGACCAACUUGUUAAAAGUAAGGGGUUAGGACUUUUAUGAGGAUGUCUACCAUAUUUUCUGAAGCUAUCCUUUCCUUAGUAUGUAGUCAAGUAGUGCUGAAAGUUAGUAUAGGAUUGGAUAGUACUUUGUGACGAUUAUAAAUAAAUUUGGUGAUCCUGUUAGUUUUCUCAAUAGUAUAUUCUGACAGUGUACAUUGUUCAACUUUUUCGCAUAGUAUUCUUACAGGAAUCCGGGUGAUCUUAUUUUUAUCGAUAAGCUUUUUGCAGUGUUCUAAAAUUAAUUUUUUUUAGGCUUUGUAAUAUGGAUGGCUUCGAAUGCUUUGAUGAUGCUGAUGUUCAAGAGGAUAUUACUAAGGGUUUCUACGGAUGCUAUAUUCUUUUGUCUCUGAAUCCGAAGUUUCGUGGUAAAACUUAUAUCGGUUUUACAGUUGAUCCUAAUAGACGUAUAAGGCAGCACAACGCUGGUUGCUUAAAAGGUGGUGCAAAGUCUACGAGUGGUAAAGGUCCUUGGGAAAUGGUUUUAAUUGUUCAUGGAUUCCCGAACUCCAUAUCUGCUUUAAGAUUUGAGUGGGCAUGGCAGAAUCCGAAGUUAUCGCGCCGACUAAAAGAUUCAUUGCCCUUAAAGAAGUCAAGGGAAACUAGUUUUGACUACCGUUUGCGCGUUUUAGCUUUAAUGCUGUGUAGGGGACCUUGGAAUCGUUUGGGCUUGACCAUUCAGUGGAUAAAACAGUCGUAUGCACGUAAUUUAUCAGAAAGUUUAACACCUCCUCUGCAUAUGCCAAUAGCGUAUGGACCAAUAGAAAUGAACUCUACUGCGAACCUCACUAGUGAGAGGACAACGUUUGGUCUUUGUCAUCUAUGUGGCAUCCCGUUCUCGGUUGAUCGCUCACUACCGCUUAUGUGUCCUAGUUCUUGUCCUCUCGGCCAAUGGCAUAUAUUUUGUUUGGCAAAGUACAUGAGUCAAGUCAGUGAUUUGCCUACAUCUCAUUUUACUCAGUCACAUAUCUCAUAUCUUUUGCCAUUAUCUACUCCUUGUCCUGCCUGCUCUAAUGCUGAACUUCUUUGGCCAUCCCUUAUCAAGUCAUGGAAGUUGAAAAAUGUGAUUUCGAAUGAUUCACACUCAUCUAGCAGCUAAGAAACUGAACUGUAAUAGUCUACAUGAUGCACUUAAUGGUUUAUCAGGCUCGUCUGCUGACGAUAAUUACAUUGUGUAUGCUGUUUUUUAUUUUUGAAAACUUUGAAUUGAGGUUGUAUUGCAUUGUUCAAACUUGUAUAAUUGAUCAUUUUAUCUACUUUUUGAUUUUAGUGGAAAAAUAAUAAAUGUUUAUGUAAGAA